GUUAGUUUGAGAAAAUCCAGUGCGUCCCAUUUUCACAUAAAAUGGCCGAAGAAACCGAUAAAAAACAACCAUUGAGCUAUUAUUACGAAACCUUCGAAUUGGACACGUACUUUACUCAAAACAAAAUAAAAAUACCUCAAGUGAAAAAGGAUGGAUUUUCUUUUCGCAAAUUGUGGGCAUUUACAGGGCCUGGAUUUCUAAUGUCUAUUGCUUACUUAGAUCCGGGAAAUAUCGAGAGUGAUCUUCAGUCCGGUGCUAUUGGACGGUAUAGAUUACUUUGGGUUUUAUUUGCUGCCACUAUUUUAGGAUAUUUAUUACAAAGUCUUGCCUCUAAAUUAGGAGUCGUGACUGGGUUACACUUGGCCGAAAUGUGUUAUAGGCAGUACCGAAAAUUCCCACGAUUAGUUCUGUGGAUUAUGGUCGAAAUAGCAGUAAUUGGGUCAGAUAUGCAAGAAGUUAUCGGAACUUCAAUUGCUAUUUAUUUACUCUCAAAUAAAUUGAUACCUUUGUGGGCUGGUUGCCUUAUAACUAUAGCCGACACUUUUACCUUUCUCUUCUUGGAUCGCUACGGUUUGAGAAAGUUGGAAUUGUUUUUUGGAAUUUUAAUCACAAUAAUGGGUCUUACAUUUGGGUACGAGUACGUAGUCUCUGUUCCCCCACAGGACGCUAUAAUGAAAGGGUUAUUCUUCCCUUGGUGUGAAGGUUGCGACGCUAAUGUCCUGCUUCAAGCCGUCGGAGUGAUCGGUGCUGUUCUAAUGCCUCACAAUCUUUACCUCCACUCCGCUUUAGUAAAAUCCCGCGAAGUGGACCGGAGCCGUCCGGAAAAAAUCAAAGAAGCGCGGAUGUACUACAUGCUCGAAAACGCCAUCGCCCUUGUUUGCAGUUUCAUUAUAAACAUAUUUGUCGUGACCGUUUUCGCUUACGGAUUGUUCGAAAAAACCAACAAUGAGAUUUUGAACAGUUGUCCCAAAAAUGAAUCUCUUGUUUACGACCGAGCCGUUGAAGUGUUUCCGAGGGAUGACGACUACGUGGAGGCAGACAUUUAUAAAGGGGGAGUUUAUUUAGGAUGUGCUUACGGCCCAGCUGCUAUGUACAUAUGGGCUAUUGGGAUUUUGGCCGCAGGACAGAGCUCGACGAUGACAGGAACAUACUCAGGACAGUUUGCUAUGGAAGGGUUUUUAGACCUGCAAUGGGCUCGCUGGAAACGAGUUUUGUUCACGAGGAGUAUCGCAAUGAUCCCCACUUUCUUUGUCGCUUUUUUCAGCUCUCUAAACGAACUCACUACAAUGAACGACUUUCUUAAUGCCGUCAUGAGUCUCCAGUUGCCUUUCGCCAUUAUCCCUAUGGUCGCUUUUACCAGCAAUCCGAAAAUUAUGGGCGAAUUCGUAAACGGCCUGGGAAUGAGGAUUAUGUUCACAAUUCUCGGUGUUGUGAUAAUCGGAAUAAAUAUUUUUUUCGUUACUGACACACUCAUAGAACUCAACAUUAACAGUUAUUAUUUUAUUGCAAUCGGGAUAACUGCGGCUUUUUAUUUUAUUUUUGUCCUGUAUCUUGCCCUGCAUUGUUACAUAUCUUUUGGUGGCAAAAAAAUCGAACAGAGGCAUUGGGUUCAAAAAUAUGUGAUGUAUGCCGAAAUGAAUACUCCCAAACGAAAAGUGUGACCUUUGUAAUAAAAAUUUUUUUU